CUGGGACGUCAUUUUAAUUCGGCACUUGCUUUCUUCUCUAAAUACGACCGUCGCUUUAAACUCGGGACGCCAAAGAAAACAGAAUGUUGUAACGACAUUGAGGCAUGCAGUCUAGAACAGUGUGAAGGGCCGAGCAAAUCCAAAGUUUGCGAAACUGAUGAUUUUUUUUCAAGUCAAAAACAAGAUCUUUUGCUCGAGAUAAAAGAAAUUUUAAAUUCAGCGGAUGGUACAUUCGAGACGCAACAACAGAGACCAGUUAAAAACGCAUUUUGGAGAUCUUGAGUCCCGAAAAAUAGGGUUUGUUUUGUCUUUGGAAAAAAAAUUAUUGCAUGAUGUAUUUGGAAGCAAGAUAGAUUUUCGGGAGCUUUUAUUCGCAAGUGGUAUUCUUAAAAAUCACGAUACUUCCAGGAAAGUGCAAAUCAUUACUCGAGGAGAAAGCUUGUUACCGGCACUUGUACAGGAGUCAAACCUAGAUCUUCCUCUUAAAUCAUAUUACGCAUUAGCCCAACUUCAUACAACAUAUAUCCAGAUGACGUUACACCAAGUAGUCAAACUUGCGACCACUGAAGAGGAAGCAGCAUCUAUCACCAUUCAAGAUGAAUUUUUACAAAUUGAAAAUGUAUACGAUUCGUUGACAAAGAAAAUUUGGAAUUGUAUAAAGUUGAACAAAAGUCUAAUGACCUACUGCUCUUUACACGAAGACAGUUAUUUAUCGUUGAGCAACUAUAAAGAGUUCACGAUCAAAAUGAACCAAUGUAUAUCCGAAAAGCUUGCAUGUCAUGAUUUCGGUUCUGUCGCGGUAGAUGAAAAAGAAAGGAUAUCAGUAAAUGACAACUGCAGCUGUGCCAUCUACCUAUCGAUACACGACAUUGUGGAUUUAGCUUUCAGGCCCGUCAUAGCUCGUAUUGCAUCUACUGUUUCUUCGGUACUUGCAAAUGAAAAUCAGUUUGGCCAAUACUAUAUCAGAAACCAAUUUAUACUGGGUGAUAUUUACAACUUUUUACAUGAUUCCCUAUUACACCAGAAAAUAUCACAAAUACUUCAAGAAGCAGCUGAUGCGAGCAUCCAAAACAAAGAAUUAGGGACGUUUAGUCAUGUGAUGUUGAAAUCGACCGAUUGCCUUUUUCAGCCGAGAAUUGGAGAUCGGCAUUUUUUGCACGAGAGUUUCCGAAAAGGUUGUUUACAUCAAGUAUCUCGUGAGAAUUACGGGCUCGAUUUUUAUUUGGGUAGGACACAAGAUGACUUAAAGGUAUCUUACAAUGAUGGUGCCAUAGAAAAUACCAUAGAGCCAAACGAAAUCAUGGUGAUUCUGCAAAGGGGUCAAUCCAUAACAAACGAAGGCGUCACAGUUACAUUUUCCGUGCAGUUGAAAAGCACUCGACAUAAAGAACAAGUUCAUAUCCGUAAGUUCGAAUCCUGUUUUUUUUAUUUUUAUCUUUCAUUAAGUUUUUUUUUUUUUUUAUGAAGGGUUGUUAAGGUUUGAUCAUUUGACAGAGACCACUAAUUGCGCAGAUAUUAUUUCCUUGGAUACCGUUUUGGCCAACUCUUUACAAACAUUCAAGCUCGAAAAAAGUAAUACGCAUUCGACAUUUUACAUCAUGAUCAAAAUGAGACCCAAAAACCACUUUUCUUCGCUUCAUUUUUCAGCCAAGAUUGUUGGGGAAGCCGAUAACAGUAAGGAAUCAGGCACGUAUGUUUAUUUGGGAGAACAACUAACGGUAGCCUAUUUUUAACUACGAGGGGGUGAGAAUCUCCGCCAUAAAUAAAUAAAGCUUUUCUUUGUUAUGUGAUCUUCAUGAUAUAUGAUGAGUACGUCAAAACGAUUCAGUUGAACAUUCUUGUUGCACAAUCAUUCAGAUUAUAUUAAAAAAAAAAAAAAGAAAGAUCCUUUCUGUCACAUACGUAUACAUAUAUUAAAUGCGAAUUUCGUUA